AUGAAGUCGCCAUGCGCGUGGCCGAACGGCUCUUGGUAUUCCCUACCCUCACGACACCUUAAAUCUCACUUCAUGUUCCAUUUAUUUAUUAACCACCUACCCACCCACCCCCAGGACGUAAAACGAACCUUUCCCUUGACCCUCGAUUUCGGAGCCUACACCAACUCCCUCGCCCGCGCACUCACAAACCCCAACCCUGACCCCUCCCAGCCCGACGCGGACAUCCCACCCCUGGCCACCAAAAUCGGCAAGCUCGUCGCUGCCGACUCGAGCCAAAAGGCUCUCUUCCGGGACGCGGAGCUCGAGUUCAACAAGGAGAUCAACAUGGAGCGUGUUGUCUUGCCGUACGAGGAGGGCCCCUUGCCGUGGGAGGACAACACGUUUGACAUGGUGCUGUCAAGCCUGUCCAUGCACUGGAUCAAUGAUCUCCCUGGUGUGUUGGGGCAGAUCAACCGGAUUCUCAAGCCGGAUGCCCCGUUUAUUGGGGCCAUGCUGGGGGGUGAUACGCUUUUUGAGCUGAGGACUUCGUUGCAGCUGGCGGAGCAGGAAAGGAGGGGCGGGAUUGGCGUUCAUGUGUCGCCGUUGGCGGAUGUCAAGGAUGUCGGGGGGUUGCUGGGGAAGGCAGGGUUCAAGAUGUUGACGGUGGAUGUGGAGGACAUUGUGGUGGAAUACCCUGAUACUUUUGCGUUGAUGGAGGACCUCCAGGCCAUGGGAGAGGGCAAUGCGGUGUUGGGGAGGGAGGUGGGUGCGAUUGGAAAGGAUGUUCUGCUUGCAGCGGAGGGGAUAUAUAGGGAACUUCAUGGAAGCAAGGACGAGGACGGGACUGUGAGGCUACCGGCGACAUUCAGGGUGAUACACAUGAUUGGGUGGAAAGAAGGAGGGGAUCAACCAAAGCCGUUGCCGAGGGGCAGUGGAGAGAUCAAUCUAAGGGAUGUGUUGGGAACAAAAUAG